AGGAGAUAAAAACAAAAUGUAAACAUUUCCGAUGUGAAAAAGAUUACUUUUCUUCACUUAUAUCGAUGUUAAACACUUAAUCUUGCGAUUUCUGAUUGUGACAACAUACCUUAGAUUGUGACAACAAAUCUCAAAUUGUGACAACAUUCAUUAUAUUGGACAACAUACAAAUAUAUCAAUAUGAAAUGUGGACUCAUUAAAUCUACCAACCAAGAGGAAGUUCCUCUUAAGAACAUAUCUGUAAAUGUAGAAAUUCAAGGAUUUGUCUCCAACACCGAAUCCACUUUGUUAUAUGAGAAUUCAUCUGAUGAGACAUUUGAAGCAACAUUUUUCUUCCCAUUGGAUGACCAAAGUGCAGUAUAUAACUUUGAGGCUGAGAUUGAAGGACGUAUCAUUGUAGCAGAGUGCCAGGAAAUUGAACAGGCUAAAAAGACGUAUGAAGAUGCAAUACAGGCCGGUCGAAGUGCAUUUAUUCUUGAAGAAGAUCGCAACACUGGAGAUAUAUUCAAAUGUACUGUGGGUAAUGUCCCUGCUAAAACAGAUGUCAAGAUUAAGCUCUCAUAUGUUAGUGAUUUAACAAUUGAAGCAGACAAGAGUGUGAAAUAUGUACUGCCCAUCGUACUUAAUCCAAGAUACAGUCCAGAGGGAUCCGCUCAAAAUACAGAAAAGCCAAAUGAUGCCAUCAAUUUCACAAAGGGCUCAGAGAUUCCAUAUUCACUAGAAUGUGCAGUGCACCUGACGUCAGAUUAUGUCAUUAAUGAUGUCAAAGCUAACAAAUAUGAUGUCAAUGUGGAAUAUGAGGACAAUGAGAAGAAAAGGGCAAAGGCCACACUACGAGAAAGCUUCAAGUUUGAUUGUGACCUCACAUUCCUUGUCUUCUAUGACCUCACAUUUGAACCUCAUAUGGUACUGGAACAGGGCAGUAAGGAUAAAGAUGGAUACCUUAGCCAGGAUGUUGUCAUGUUAAACUUCUACCCAGAGCUAAAAGAUGUUGAGUUUAGUGGCAAUGCUGAGUACAUCUUUGUAGUGGACAGAUCAGGUAGCAUGGGUGGUAAGAGGAUUAUUCAAGCCAAGGAAACCCUGCAUCUGUUCCUCAAAAGUCUACCUGUAGGAUCUUACUAUAACAUUGUGUCUUUUGGAUCAUCCUACAAAACAUUAUUCAAGAAGAGUCAGGAGUAUAGUAAGAGUAGUUUGGAUGAAGGUCUCCAACUGCAGAAGUCCAUGGGAGCUGAUCUUGGUGGUACAGAAAUAUUGGCACCAUUUAAAUGGAUCUAUGAGCAAGAUAUCUUACCUGGUUACCCAAGACAGAUAUUUCUUUUAACUGAUGGUUCAGUGUGGAACACAGAUGAGGUCAUAAAGCUAGUGAAAGAUAAUGUUAACACAACAAGGGUGUUCACAUUUGGUAUUGGAGAUGGGGCAUCCACUAGCUUGGUAAAGGGUCUGGCUGAUGCUGGCAAGGGGAAAUCAGAGUUUGUGACUGGAUCUGAUAAUCUAAGAGCAAAGGUGAUGUCAUCAUUGAAAUGUUCAAUGCAGCCGUCCAUCAGUGACCUUGACCUUCAAUGGAAUCUCCCAAAAGGGGUAUCAGCUGUGAAAAUACCCAAGCAGUUUCCACCAGUGUUUGCUGAUGAAAAGUUUGUAGUUUAUGCUCUUCUGCAAAAUAUGCCAAGCAUUAUUGAGCCAAACUAUGGAGCAGUUUUGACUGGGACUAGUGGUCAAAGAAAUCUUGAGUAUCAUCUGCAUUUCCCUACUACUCAUACAUCCUCUAUGUCCCUCACACUACAUAGACUCGCUGCCAAACUUCAAAUCAAGGAACUCCAAAAUGAAAAGCCCACAGAGGACCUCAAUGCAGAUGCAUUGAAAAAUCAUGUUGUUCUGAUGAGUGUGUCAGCUAAUGUUGUAUCCAGACACACAGCCUUUGUUGGUGUGGAUAAACAGAAUAAAGAAGCCAUUAAAAUUUCAAAAGUCUACAAUAUUGGAUCAACCAGUGAUCAGGUUGGAAUGGGGCUUUACAGUCGCCAAAUGAUGUGCAUGUCUGCACCUAUGAUGUGCAUGUCUGCACCUAUGCCUGCAAGGAGAAAGGUUGCAUCUGCGCAAUGUCCCCAAAUGAAUAUUAGGAAAAAAUCAAGAGGAAAAGCAAAGAUGAAAAAACUAGCUGCUCCCCCACCACCAGCUCCAGAAACAGCAGAAAUAAUGGAGCUAUGUGAUGCUGAUGAAGAUGAAGAUGUUGGUGUUGUUGCUGAAUUGGGAUCAUGUGAUGGGCCUGCUGUUGCUGCUGCUGUCUCAGCAUCUCAAAACAGUGGAGGUAGAGAGAGAACAGCAAUGGCCAUGGUGAAACUCCAAACAUUCAAUGGAUCAUGGUUACUCGAAAGCACUUUGGCCCACUUGAUUGGAAAAUCAUUAGAUGAUUUGAAAAAACAUUUGGGUGUUCAGUUUCAGAGUGCUGAGAUUCUUGCCACUGUGCUAGCUCUGGCCUGGCUGAGGAAGUAUUGUAUGGAGAGUUUUGCUGAAUGGGAAAUGAUUGAGAGCAAAGCAGAGAAAUGGCUACAAGGAGAGAGUCUCAAUGGAAAAUCAGUGAAUGAACUCAUAAACCUUGCAGCCAAGGAAGUUUAAUAAAUGUUGGAGCUUAAUUUAAAUAAAUUAAAAUAUCUCCUUAGAAGUCUGAAUCAUUCCAUAAGAUAACAGGUACACUGUGUUGGAGAUGUUCGUUAGCAAACUAUUUAAAUGAACAGAGAUUGGCAUAGUUGGCAUAGGGAAUAGCCCCAAUAAAGUAUUGCCCAUUUCUCCAGCUCAGUUGUCACUUUAUUCAGCAAGCAUAGGGACCAGGGAGAACAAAGACGUAAAAAUGAAUUACUUUGUCAAUUGUGGUCAAAGCUGUGGUUACUAGUUACAUUUUUUAAACGGAAUUACUGUCUUACAUUAUGGAAAAUUUAUCUCAAAAAAGAGUCCACAUUCCAAUGUUUAAUAAAAAUAAUUACACCAUCACAUAAAUGAGUGACACCUACAUGUACAGUACAGGUUAUAAUCAUGGAAUAUAACAUAUUUGUAUGGAAGAAGUACAUGUAAUUAUGAAGCAUCUGUGAGCUUUGUCAUAUUUUGUUCUUUCUUGAAUGCCUUUAGCUUUAAUAGUAAGCCAUGUCAAUGUAGUACAGCAAACAGCUAUGAUAUGUAUUUUUCUCUAGUGCAAUAUGAUACCCGUGCUUUGGGUUGAAAAGCUGGUGUAAAAUUAUUUAAUAAAUUUUAAAUAAUAUAGACAGGUCUAUUUUUUAUAUAAUAAGCAGUCUUUGUGUUCAAAGUUUUGGUGAUUGAAAAUAAUUAGUGUUUUAGAGUUGCUCACUGUUAAGUAGAAAAGACCCGAUCCUGGCAUGAUACUUUAGGGUACACCCGGGGGUACACAAGUUGAAGUUACUGUGUAAAUACCUCUGCCUGUUUAUGUAGC